GCUGCUAUUUGGGCGGGCUGGACAGCUGAAGGAGGGCAGCAGAAUCCCUCAACGCAGCGGGAGCCGGAGCAAGGGCACGCGACCGGGAGCCAGAUAGGGGAGGGGGGGGGGACCCACAUAGUCUGCCAGCCAUUCAGAAGCGGAGAACUCUUGUCUCCUCAGCAACGGGCCUGGGUGGCCAAGACUGCGUCUCCCCUUAUUUCGUGCCCUCCUGGUCGUUAAUAUCUCCCUCACUCUUCACCCGCUUCAGCCUGGCACGAGAGCUGAGCACUCUCUCUCUCUCCCCGCUUCACCAAACUAGAAUUUGGGCAAAGGGUGGGGGAAGAGUCUUUCUUCCUUUGCGUCCCCCCCCCGCUCUAUUUUUCUUCCACACUCCACCCAGAAAUGAUCUGCUGAAAAUAGGAGGAGGUGAUUUCCCCUCCCAACCACUGCUCCUGCUGCUCCUUUUUCUGCUGUGUUCUGUGAAGGCUUCAGGAAUAUCCCUAAAUCGCUCAGUCUGACAGGCGAGCAGGGAAAUUAUUUUUUUCUAGAGAGGGUCCAUUUUGGGGUGGGGAGGCGGGGAUAACUUACACAGCGUUUUGGGGGUGGUCUCGUGUGAAGGUUCUCUGAUGAUUCCUGACCAUGGGGAAGGACCAGGAACUGCUGGAAGCUGCUCGCACUGGGAAUGUGCCUUUGGUGGAAAAACUCUUGGCUGGCAGGAAAGGAGGGCUCCUGGGCAGUGGAUCUGGACCUAUUCCUUUAUCCAACUUGCUGAGCAUCUGGCGAGGACCAAAUAUAAACUGCACAGAUAGUUCGGGUUACACUGCUUUGCACCAUGCAGCUUUAAAUGGUCACAAGGAUGUAGUUAUCAAAUUACUUCAGUUUGAAGCAUCAACUAAUGUGGCAGAUAAUAAAGGGUAUUUUCCUAUACACUUGGCUGCUUGGAAAGGAGAUGUGGAGAUUGUGAAGAUUCUUAUCCGUCAUGGGCCAUCACAUUCCAGAGUGAAUGAACAGAACAAUGAAAAUGAAACAGCUUUACACUGUGCAGCCCAAUAUGGACACUCAGAAGUGGUAGCAGUUUUGCUUGAAGAACUUACAGAUCCUACAAUAAGAAACAGCAAGUUAGAGACUCCAUUGGAUUUGGCAGCAUUAUAUGGCCGUCUGCGAGUAGUGAAGAUGAUCAUCAAUGCAUAUCCAAACUUGAUGAGCUGUAACACAAGAAAACACACUCCAUUGCACCUUGCUGCACGUAAUGGUCACAAAGCGGUUGUACAGGUGCUGCUAGAAGCUGGAAUGGAUGUCAGCUGCCACACAGAAAAAGGGAGUGCACUUCAUGAAGCAGCUUUGUUUGGAAAAGUGGAUGUGGUACGCAUUCUGCUAGAAACAGGAAUUGAUGCCAACAUAAAAGACAGUUUAGGUAGAACUGUUUUAGAUAUUCUCAAAGAACAUCCAUCGCAACAAUCACUCCAAAUUGCUGCAUUACUUCAAGAAUACACAGAAACAGGAAAUGCCACAGUUGCAGAGGAACCAAAAGAGGAAUGUCCAGUGACAAAUAAUCAAUCUUGUGUUUUGUCUCCAGAGAUUUCUCCUACGCAAACAAAUAAAAGUGAAGCUGUGACUGGGGAGUUGUCAAAACUACUGGAUGAAAUAAAACUGUGCCAAGAAAAGGAUUAUUCUUUGGAAGAGCUUUGUCAUACUGAAUCUGACCACUAUCUGGACAAUGUUAGCAAAGUAUCAGAAGAAGAACCAGUGAUGAAUGAAAGCCAAUCCAAAUCCAAUAUAAAAUCAUCCUCAACAAACCUGUUACCAACAGAAGAGGAUGAAGAAGAUGGAGGUGAAAACAGUUGUGGGCCGACAGGUUUGUGGGAAGCACUGACACCUUGUAAUGGAUGCAGGAAUCUUGGCUUUCCUAGUCUUACUCAGGAGUCCUUUCCAAAGAAGAGGAGUUAUACACUAGAAGCAGUGCCAUCUGCUGCUUCUGAGGCAUUUCCUGUAGAAAAUGAGAAUGAUCUCUGUGAUUUUCUGGAUACGACAGUUACAAAGAAACCCUGUUCUUUAGAAAUAGCAAGAGGACAUUCUUCAAAGACAGAGAAUGCACCUCAAGUAGCAAUUAUUGCACCAGGUACCAGUAACCAUAGAAACAGUUCAACAGGCCCAACACCUGACUGCUCUCCUCCAUCACCAGAUACUGCAUUGAAAAAUAUAGUGAAAGUCAUACGACCUCAGCCGAAGCAACGUACAUCAAUAGUAUCAGCUUUUGAAUUUCACCGAUUAAAUCACAGCCAUGAUUAUUUUGAAAUCAACUCUUCCCUUGGAUAUGCAAGCUUUACUUCCAGUCCUCCAAUCAGUCCAGCUAACUAUUCCAUUGGAUCCAUUGAAGGGAGCAUUGAAGAUAAUGACAUUCCAGAAACUCAACAAACCUCCAUUGAAAGUGAGCAACUUGAAGCACACUCCGCUGAACAGUUUGCUGGCCUACUUCAUGGAUCAUCACCUGCUUGUGACCCACCUGAAAACCCACUUCAGCUAUAUAGAACAGGGAGCCCAGCUGAUGAAUUCUACCACAAAAAUUCAAUCCAAAGUAUUUUGAAUUCGGCACAGCUGCAACAAGAAAACAGCACUGAUAUUUCAGUUAAAAAGAAAAAACCACCCAUUUUAAGCAGAACUAUAUUUCCUUCUAAAAGUAAUCUAGGAGAAACUAACACACUGGCUGGCAUCACAAGAACUGGGGAUCAGUGGGUUGUUAAUGCUGCAGGGUUUGUGGAACGUGCUUGCACACUUGGGAGGAUACGAUCUUUGCCAAAGACUCUCCUUGACAUGCAUUUAUCCAAAUACGUUUCAAAAUCAGACUCUAAUCUGAUUUCCUACCCAUCUAAUGAGCAAAAAGCAAGAAGAAAUUGGAAUGAAUCUACAGUAGACCUGGAAAGCUCUAGAAGAAAUUCUGAAAGAACACCAUCCUUUACUUCAGAAUGGGAAGAAAUUGAUAAAAUAAUGAGUUCCAUAGAUGCUGGUAUUACUACCGGACUAGAAGUGAUUAAUGAUGGUAUUGCAACACCCAGAUGCCCUGUCCAGACUGUGGGACAAUGGUUGGAAAAUAUUGGGCUACCUCAGUAUGAGAACCACUUGCUGGCUAAUGGAUUUGACAAUGUACAGUUUAUGGGAAGCAACGUGAUGGAGGAUCAGGACCUUUUAGAAAUUGGAAUACUUAAUUCUGGACACAGACAAAGAAUUUUACAGGCAAUUCAGCUCCUUCCAAAGAUGAAACAAAUAGGCAACGAUGGCUACAGCCCCACCUCUGUAGCAGAGUGGCUAGAUUCCCUGGAAAUGGGUGAUUACAUCAAACCCUUUCUGAUAAAUGGCUAUACGUCGAUGGACCUUGUGAAAAAAAUCUGGGAUAUUGAAUUAAUUAAUGUAAGUCAAUAUAUUUUUACCUUUUAAA